AUGACCGAUCCUGACAAGCUUAGGGAAUACCGUCGGAACUGGACUGUGGAAGACGAUUGCGUUCGCCCCGUUCGGUUCAAGACCGACGCGGUAACCAGCGCCAACACGGGCGUUCCGGCCCGUUUCCGAAUGUCCGAGAUGAGAAAGCUUCCGGGAACCCCAAAGGCUGUUGAACGACUUCGCGCAAAGGCCCUCGAAGGUGGGCAGAUGGGAAUAGUCCGACUCCAUCAGGCGUUGCAACGGCGGCUACAAGCAAACCACACGGAACCUCGCACCAGUGACGUGGCGCAACACCGAUUGCUACAGCCGAAUGACCUGAUGGAGGGGCUUAGCGGUGCGGGGUUGACACCGCUGACCGCGUUCGACGCGAAAAAGGUGAUCGAGUUUUGCACGAAGGGAGGCGACGAUGGUGCGAGUAUUACGGACGUCCUUGAGGAGCUCCGUUUCGGUGGCCCGGUCGACGAUGACUACCGGGUCCAAGCCGUGAAGGGCGCGUUUCGGGAGUUGGACGAGGGCGGAUCGGGCCUUAUCUCAGCUCGGGGCCUGAAGAGACGAUACGACGCUGCAGCUGCGAGCACCAGGACACUGAAGGCGAUGAGAUGA